CCGCCGGUCCCGCCUCCCCGGGCACCGCUGUUGCCGCUGAGGGGGUCGGUGUGGGGCUGGUGCGGGCCGCGGCGGCGGGGAUUAGAGUAACGAUUUCAAGAUGCCAGGAGGUGCGAGAAUCUCGUUCAACAAUGUGGAUUCCUCUCUUUCAUCUUUGAAAAACUGCCAGUCUUACAUAAAUGAUGGAAUGGAUAUUGCUACUCGCGUUGCCCUUGAUCUUGUGGAAAGUUUCAAUGAUGUAGAGGAUGUUAACAGCAUGGAAAAAGUCAUGAUAGAAUUUGCUACAAUGGACAGAGAACUUAAUCAUUAUAUAAGGGCAAUUGAAGAAACGGUGAAUCAGAUCAAACGAGAAAAACCAGAAAACAUACCAGAUUUAAAAGCUUUAGUACAUGAAAAAUUUACUGCAAUGGAGAGCGAGAACAGUGACUCAGAUUUGCAAAAGAAUGAAAAAUAUGUGUAUUUUAAGGAUCAGCUUAAACAGAUGAGAAAACAAUUUUGCCAUAAAUCAGGUAAUGGUGAAGAGGCCAUUGAACAAAUCGAUGAAGAUAUAGCUGUGACUCAGAGUCAGAUGAACUUCAUUUGUCCCAUUACACAGAUGGAAAUGAAGAGGCCAGUCCGAAACAAGAUCUGUGGACACACUUAUGAAGAAGACGCCAUUCUAAAGUUUAUCCAGACUCGAAAGCAGCAAAAGAAGAAAGUCCGAUGCCCUAAAAUUGGCUGCAGCCAUUCUGAUGUGAAAGGAUCUGAUCUUAUGCCAGAUGAAGCGCUUAAAAGAGCGAUCGACAGUCAGAAUAAACAAAGCUGGUGAACGCUGGCUGAGACACUUUGAUAUGUUGCUGCCACAAAGAAAAUUUCUUAUUAGAGGUCUUGUGAGAUAAGCUGCUGAUUGUAAGUAGGUUGUGUAACUGCCUGUUGUUGAAAGUGUUUCAUUUACAGGCAAAGUUGAAGGUCUCAGCUGUAACUGAAAGCAUUUUUUAAACUGCCGAAUGUGAGAAGUUCCAGUUCAACUUGUUUGGUGUAUUUUUAACCUUCCUGAAGUUCUGAAAGCUUGCAUUCAAUAAAUAAGUCGUGUUUUGCAGCAUGUAA